UCUGCUCCUCCUCCUCCACCAACACCACCGUGGGGAAGUCGUGGGCAUGUGACUGUUGCUGUUAAGAUGGCAGCUCUGUCUGAGCCCCUAGGACUGGAGAGAGAUGUUUGCCGUGCCAUUGAGCUCUUGGAGAGAUUACAGCGGAGCGGAGAGGUGCCGUCUCAGAAACUGCAAGCCUUGCAACGUGUCUUACAAAGCAAAUUCUGCUCUGCUGUACGUGAGGUCUAUCAGCAGUUGUAUGACACCCUGGAUAUCACAGGGAAUGCCGAGAUAAGGGCUCAUGCCACUGCUAAGGCCACUGUGGCAGCUUUUGCAGCAAGUGAAGGACAUGCUCACCCUAGAGUGGUUGAGCUCCCUAAAACUGAUGAAGGACUGGGAUUUAACAUCAUGGGAGGAAAAGAGCAAAAUUCCCCCAUUUACAUCUCUAGAAUAAUCCCUGGUGGGGUGGCAGAUCGUCACGGAGGACUCAAACGUGGGGACCAGCUCCUUUCUGUUAACGGGGUGAGUGUUGAAGGAGAGCAGCAUGAAAUGGCAGUAGAGCUCCUGAAAGCUGCACAGGGGACAGUGAAGCUAGUGGUGCGCUAUACUCCAAAGGUUCUGGAGGAGAUGGAGGCCAGGUUUGAGAAGAUGAGGACAGCUCGGCGUCGCCAGCAACAGAACAGCUACACUUCCCUUGAAUCUCGGGGUUGAGCAUCACGGACCCUCGUCCUGAAUAGGUCACCCGGCUGGAACCCUAAUCGUUAUAUUUAGUGACACGACUAUACCUAUCUCUGAUCUGUGUACAGUAUUUAUUCCAGCUGUGUUUAUACACAGGGCUGUCUUGGUGUAACUGUCAGUACGUGAGCAGGUUUAUAAGCACAGACCGAUGUACAUAAGCUUGGACGUGAUUUUGUACUGUGUCCUAUUUUGUGUGUCUCAGCAACUGUAUAAAAUAUAUAACCCUGUGGGUGUUUAUGCACAAAA